AUGGGCGUACCUGGCGCCGUCACCUCCGCCGGCGUGUCGAGCUCGAUCCAGAGCCUCCUGGCCGGACGCGACACGCGGUGGUACCGCGGCCACCUGGGCAAGCUGAACGGCAUCAUUUUCUUCGUGCUCAUCAUGUCCAUGACGAACGGGUACGACGGGUCGAUGAUGAACGGUCUGACUGCCCUCGACAACUGGCGCACCUUCUUCAAGAACCCGCAGACCAAGCCUACCCUGUUCGGCGUGUACAAUGCCAUCCAAUCCAUCGGCACCAUCUGCGGUCUCCCCUUCGCGCCCUACGCGUCCGACUACCUCGGCCGUCGCGGUGCCAUCUUCCUCGCGUGCACGAUCAUGAUCCUCGCUUCUGGCUUGCAGGCCGGCGCGCAGAACGUGGCCAUGUUCAUCGCGUCGCGCUUCCUCAUCGGCUUCGGCGUGUCGUUUGGCAACAUCUCGGCGCCGGUGCUCGUGUCCGAGCUCGCGUUCCCCACCCACCGUGGGCCCCUGACCUCGCUCUACAACUCGAUGUGGUACCUCGGCGCGAUCGUCGCGGCGUGGACGACGUUUGGCACCUUCCGCAUUCCCAACACGUGGUCGUGGCGCAUCCCGUCGUUGCUGCAGGGCCUGCCGAGCGUGAUCCAGUUCGGCAUGAUCUACUUCAUCCCCGAGUCCCCGCGCUGGCUCAUCGCCCACGGAAAGGACGAGCAGGCGAUCGCCUUCCUCCGCAAGUACCACUGUGGUGGGGACGAGAACGACCCGCUCGCCAUGUUCGAGUACGAGGAGAUCAAGAGCUCCAUCGAGCGCGAGAAGGAGAUGUCGGCCCAGAGCUCGUGGAAGGCGCUCUUCACCGAGCGCGCAAACCUCCGCCGUAUCCGCAUCAUCGUCGCCAUCUCCUUCUUCUCCCAGUGGUCGGGUAACGGUCUCGUGUCGUACUACCUCGCCGUCGUGCUCGAGGGCAUUGGAAUCACGUCGCAGAACAACAAGACGCUCAUCAACGGCAUCCUCCAGAUCUGGAACUGGUUCUGGGCCAUCCUUGGCGCCCUCAACGUCGAGCGUGUCGGCCGCCGCUUCCUCUUCCUCACUUCCACCGGCGGCAUGUGUAUCUGCUUCUGUCUCUGGACGGCAUGCUCCGCAGUGUACGCCAAGUCGUCGCACGACUUUGACCCCGCCUGCGUCGCGAAGAACAAGGGCGACACGAGCAAGUGCGUCGCCAAGGACGCCAACAGGCAGGCCGGACACGCCGUCGUCGCCUUCAUCUUCCUCUUCAACGCCUUCUACGCCGUCGCCAUGAGCCCGCUCGUCGUGUCGUACUGCGUCGAGAUCCUCCCCUUCCGCGUCCGCUCAAAGGGUGUCAUGGUCAAGUCGAUGACUAUUUCGGCCGCCCUCGUGUUCAACCAGUACGUCAACCCCAUCGCCCUCGCCAAGAUCCACUGGAAGUACUACAUUGUCUUCUGCGCCUUCCUCGCCUUCGAGUUCGUCUACUGCUUCUUCUUCGUCAUGGAGACCCGCGGCCCCAACGGCCCCCUCCCUCUCGAGGAGAUUGCCGCCAUCUUCGAGGGCCCCGCGCACUAUGGCUUCCAGAAGCGCCCCGAGAUCGCCGGCGCGCGUAGCGACGACGAGGCGGUCGACUCGGACUCGAUCCGCAAGGACAAUGCCGAGUUUGUCGAGCGCAAGUAG